AAUGACUUCCAAAGUUCCUCCAUGGCUAAUUCUUGUAAGAUCAUGGGAAAUGAAUCGAAAAGGCAACUCAUACAGCCAGGGCCAUUCCUCUCACACAAGCGAACAGAUGACUGUGACUUGCUGUAUUCCUGGAGGACUUCUGAGUGGAAAGAAUGCCAAGUCUCUCUCCUCCUCGAGCAGCAGGACCCCCACUGGCCUGUGACGGGAGCCGUGUGUGGAGGUGGGAUCCAGACCCGGGCGGUGUACUGUGCCCAGAGCACACCAGCAUCCACCGCACAGAGGGCCAAGGAAGUCUUUAGACCUGUGGACAAAACACUAUGCUUGGGGCCUGCCCCUGCAGCCUCUCAGCUCUGCAGCGUUCCUUGCUCUACAGACUGUGUGGUGUCCUCCUGGUCAGCCUGGGGUCUGUGCAUCCAUGAAAACUGCUAUGAUCUCCAGGGGAGAAAAGGAUUUAGAAUGAGACAACGCCAUGUCCUCAUGGAAUCCACGGGGCCUGCAGGACACUGCCCGCAUUUGGUCGAGUCUGUUCCCUGCGAGGACCCGAUGUGUUACCGAUGGCUGGUAUCUGAAGGCAUCUGUAUCCCAGAUCAUGGGAAAUGUGGCCCGGGACAUCGGAUCCUGAAGGCUGUCUGCCAGAAUGACCGAGGAGAAGAUGUGUCAGGGAGUCUCUGCCCAGCAUCUGUUCCUCCUGAACGGACAGCUUGUGAAAUUCCCUGCAGGAUGGAUUGCGUGGUGGGCGAAUGGACAGAGUGGUCAUCCUGCUCCCAGUCUUGUUCAAAUAAAAACUCGGAUGGGAAACAGACCAGGUCAAGGACUAUCCUGGCAUUGGCUGGAGAAGGUGGAAAACCAUGCCCCCCUAGUCAGGCCCUCCAAGAAUAUCGCUCAUGCAAUGACCAUUCUUGUAUGCAACUCUACUGGGACACAUCGCCUUGGGGCCUCUGUACUGAAGACACACUGGGUACUGCUCUUAAUGCAACCAUUGGAUGGAAUGGAGAAGCUGCCUGUGGUGUGGGCAUUCAGACACGGAAGGUCUUUUGUGUCAAGAGUCACGUGGGACAAGUGAUGACCAAAAGGUGUCCAGAUUCCACUCGCCCUGAAACAGUGCGCCCUUGUCUCCUCCCAUGCCAAAAAGACUGCACCGUGACCGCGUUCAGCGAGUGGACGCCCUGCCCAAGGCUGUGCCAGCCAGGAAAUUCCACAAUAAGACAGUCUCGAUACAGGAUUAUCAACCAGGAAGCAGCUAAUGGAGGUCAAGAAUGUCCAGACACCUUAUUUGAAGAGCGAGAGUGUGAAGAUGUUUCAUUGUGCCCUAUAUAUCGGUGGAAGGCACAGAAAUGGAGCCCCUGUAUCUUAGUGCCGGAGUCUGUCAGGCAGGGAAUAAUGAGCACCAGCGAAGCCUGUGGGAAAGGGGUGCAAACAAGAGCUAUCUCUUGCAUCUCUGAUGAUAACCAGCCAGCAGAAAUGACCGAAUGCCUCAGGCAGGCAAAUGGAAUGCCUCCCCUUGUGCAGGAAUUCACGGUCCCAUGUCGAGACGACUGCACCUUCACGGCUUGGUCCAAGUUUACAUCCUGCUCCACCAAUUGUGGAACAACCCGAAGCAGACGGCGACAGCUCACAGAAAAUUUAAUUCGGGCAACGGGAAGCCAAAGGAAAAAUGCCAAACUAAUCAUUGGAAUAAUAAAAUUGGUGUUGACCUUGAAGAACUCAGCACAAUGA